AUGGAUGUGUUAACAGACAGCGGUCUCACAUUGAUUGUGAAGACUUCAGAACCAGAGAAUGCAAACGUAUUGGAGAACACAGGGGCAUGUGAGCAGAAUGCUGAUCUGAGUCUGUGCGGGCUCGUUGAUGCUGCUCUCCCUCCAUCCUCACCCCGACCUGCUGCAGAGACGUCACAGCAGGCCAGUCCAACACACCAGAGGACCACACCUACACCACCAACCCUGGCCCUGCCCAUGCCCCUGCCCUUACCCCUGCCCCUGACCCUGGCCCUGGCUCUGCCUCUGCCCCUGCCCAUUGGCACUGACCCCUCUCUUGACCUGACAGCAGCCCCCUGCCCUUCCUCCGAUGACUCUACCACUGUAGUCCCCCAAAUUCCCCAAACACCCACUCCCACUUCCCUUCCCUCUCCCGCUGUGAACUCCUGGGGCUCAGCGGGAGACACCGAGAAGACUCCGCUUCCGCUGCCCAUCGCCCUUCCUCUGUCGGCCACAAUGAUGGAGCCUGGCACUGUGUCUGCCCUGACAGAGGAGUGUCUUCUUCAGCCUUCACGCACCUGCCUUGGCUGCUUCAUUGAAACCUGUGAUGCUACUGACCCCAAUUCCAUCCAGAGCCCACCGCAUGACCCUGACACUAACCCAGACACAGAGACUGGGCUAAGUGUAAGGAUAGGGGAUGUAAGCCGAGAGGACUUCUCAGACAUUAACAACAUCAGCAUCCAGUGCCUGAGUCAUGCAGGAGAGGCAGUGAGUCACUUUGGAGAACAGCUCCUCUCUGACCAGCUACUAAGCUUUCCUCUGCCGAAAGCCCCAGGUGAGGGCAAGAGAGUGGAUGGAAACAAAACAACAGAGGAUUGUGAUGAUGCAGAGGAUGAUGCAACAACUAAGAACUUGUAUGAGGGACUCUUACUGGACAAAGUGAGUGGAGAGGAGGUUCUGUUGGCUAAUGCCGGCCAGGACUGGGGCUACUUUGAGUCCUUCAUCAGCGAAAGUAAGAUGGAACUGCUGGACCUUUGUUCUAAGAAUGAACUGUCAGUCAACCUCUUCUCUGAGGAAGACGUCGACAACCUCUUUGAUGAUGAAGAUGAUGAUUCAACUUUAAGCAGUGAUGUCUGUUCGCUGAAGAUUCGUUACGAGUCUUUCCAGGACAACAUGAGGGAGAAAACAAAUGUGCUCCAGGAGGAGACACAGUUCAACUUCUUCCCCAGUGUCCUGGCUAACUGUGCCAAGAAAGAGGAAGGAGUGGGCGUCCUGAGGAGGAGUGCUGAGGAGCUUCAGCCCAAAACUGAUGAGCUCAUCCUUGAGACCAGACAGGAAAGAAAAGCUGGGGACUGCAGUGGUAGGAGCCCUCUUGACGGCUCCCAGGGUUCACCCAUGUCUACUCCCAAAGUCAAUUACUUAAUGGACUUCAAUUCCACGGAGGAGUCGGGAGAAUUCAGUGAUGACAGCUCCUGCACGGGCUCCUCCUCAGACACUCUGCAGGAGGGCAAAUUUAAAAAGGGCCACUCAAAAAGAUUCCUCAGCCCCUCCAACCCACUGAACUAUGGUUUACGCUCCAAGAGAAAGGUUAGAUACAGCGAUGAUUACUUAUAUGAUGUUGACUCGCUCGAGAGUGAGAAGAAUGCUGAGAAAAAGGAAAAAGCUCCUGCUGGUCAGAAAGAGGAGGAGGAUGUGGACUGGUGCCCCAAAAAACGACGGAAAUCCUGUCGCAAGGAACCACCCGUGGUCAUCAAGUACAUCAUCAUCAACAGGUUUAAAGGAGAGAGACUCAUGUCAGUGAAACUGGGAAAGUUAGACCCUUUGGAUGCUACUGUGAGCCUAAACACAGACACAGUUAGCAAAUAUGAGAAACUGGCUCCUCUGAAGGAUUUCUGGCAAGAGAGGCAAAGAGAGAGACAGGAACAGCUUAAGCUGGCUGCCAGAGAUAAAAAACAACGCAGUUUCCAUCUAAACGGACGCCAUCAUCGCCCUUUUAAUUCUAGUCAUCCCAAAAGGAAAUACAAGAUUGCAAACAGGCUUAAGGUUCAGAGGAUUCAUGCUGUGGAACAAUCAGCAACAGCACAGGGCUCCGCUCUCUCUGAUCAGGGCCAGGGAGGUGUCACUAAAGAGGAGGCCACCCCCAUGGUAGGGGGAAUAAUAGCAGCUCCAGGCCUCCCAGUCACAUUAGACACAAGCUCCAUCACGCACACAGUCACAGCCAAGAGCCGCUCCCAGGAGAGGGAGGAGAGGGAGGGGAGGAGAUUGGGAGGAAAUAAAACAGUCAGGAUAAGGAAAUUCAAAAGCGAAGCCAGGCUGAGGAGCAAGAAAAUGCAAGAGGCAGAAGGAGAGGAGGGGAGGAGUGUGACAAAUGAAACGGAUGCCUGUGUAGCUGCGGCACAGAUUGAGAACCCGACUGCUGGGCUAGAAGAGGCAGGCAUUAGCUCAACUACAGUCAAACCCCGUUUUUCUGACAAUACCACCCCUGCUCACACAACUGAGGAGAAAUUCUCCUUUGAUACGUCCACCUGCUCUCCUGAUAAAGCUCCUUCCUCAGAGGAGGUGGAGACAGGUGUCCCUGUCAUCCCGGGAGGCUACCUGCAGACCCUGUUAGAUGCUACGGAUUCCUCUGGCGGAGCAGCUAUCUCCUAUUUCCCCCAGCAGUCCUCUAGGCAGCAGUAUCCUCUGGGGCUAUCCCUUGAGGAGAAACAGUUUUCUUCUCUGCAGCUUGCUCAGAGCUGCGUCCUCUCGCCUCCUUCUGAGUCCGAGCUCCAGCAGUCCCCCCAGAGCUGCUCCAGCUUCCCCCAGAUGUGGCACCAGCAGCUCUGUGCAAGUCACAGCCAGAGCUUUGGGCCCGAGACCCCCGAGACUCCCAUCUUACCCAACAACUUCCCAGGUGCCGUGCCCCUGACCGAAAACCUGCCAGUGUCUAACUACAGCCAGCUGAGCCCUGAGGCUGACAGGCUGCUUUAUGACAAGAGCUACCUGACUGAGGCUGGGCUGCAGCCCGGGGCAGAUGUGCAAGUGUGUCAGUCUGCCUGUGUGGACGGCCAGGUGCAAUACCAGAGAGGGUCCUUGUGCACAGACAAUGGCAGACUCGUCAGCUAUGACUCAGUGGGCUCUCUGUCAGCCUCCUCUAGCAAUUACAGCUCCCUCAGCCUCAAGUCUUGUGAGCGAGAGGGUGAGGAGGAGGGUCGAGACAGCUUCUUAGCUCAUUGCAGUCCAAAAGUGGUGAUUCAGCAGAGUGUGGAUGCCCUUACCCCACUCAGGGAGUCCUCAGACCUACUGGAUAUCUCCAACUUUACCCCUGACAAGUUUAGACACUCAUCAUUGUCAGAACUGUCCCCUCCUGAGACCCCCAACCUGUCCCCGCAGGUGGUGGGGCGUGAGAUGAAGAUAUCGGGGAAUGCUGGAGAAUACCAGGAUGUUAAUGAUAUGACCAUGGACUGCAAUAGGGAAGUAAAGUGGAACUGUGAUGUUAUACAGCAUCAAGAGCACACAGCAAAUGCAUACACAGUGGAAGACAGCCAGUUUCCACUGCACAACUUCAACAAUCAGAAUGUGUUAUGUAUAGAUAAAAAGGAGCUGUGUGUUACAGAAUUUGAUGAACAGACUGGUGAGAUGCUGACUGGAGCGAAAAGCAUAAAGUCUAAGAGGAAAGGCAAUUGCAAACAGACAGCUGCAGGACAGAGCACAAAGAAAGCCAGGGCUCCCAGAGCUCCCAAGUCAGAAAAGGUAAAGACGCCCAAACAGAACUCACGUUCCACUAAAAAGAUAAAGGCCAUGUUAGAGGGUAAGGCAGCAAAGAACCAGGCAGGUGGUUGUGCCACAGGCCUGACUGACAGUAGCACCUCUGGGGACUGGUCUGGCAGCGGCUGGUCAGAGAGCAACAAUCUGGUGGGGGACGACCAGAGAGAAUUCGAGGAGCCCUCCAAUAUCCUGUCAAACAUUGUCUCUGGCAUGGCUGAGGUCCAAAGGUUCAUGAUGGCCUCCAUUGAGCCACUGUGGAAUCCCAUGUCGGAGGCCUGUAUACCCUCCGAGGCCAAUAGCCUCAACCUAAAGACCCUCAAAAUCUUGGCAGGCACAGAAGCGGACCUGAAGAAAAAAGGAGCUGUGCUCACAGGGGCUGGGAGAGGCAGAAAGGCUGGGGGAAAGGGAGGAAAAAACCAGGCCAAAUUCAACCCCUCUCAUCCCUUAUUCCCUCAGCUAGCACUGGGCUGUAACAUGUUUGAUAAACCCAACUUUAUUAACCCCGGGCCUGCGCACAAAAAGCUGUACCGCCACAAGACCAGUGCAAAGUUCCCUCGGAUUGAGACAUUGAAGGGGAAGCGAGGUGAGAGGGAUCCAAAUAAGGACAUAGCACUGAUGACCUCUUUUGAGAAACUGAGGUAA